AAAUAGAUCUCUUGAAUACAACUUCCGCCUUGUUUUGAAAAUAUCUAAUCUCUAUUUAUCGAUACUGUGGUGAGAUAAUUCGAUGACUCAUCGCAAUAAAACGAUAUGUACACAACAUGCGUGCAUAUUUCCACGCAACGCAGUACAUCCAAAGAAAUUCCCAGAGUUAGCAUCAUGUUCGCCAUUCGCGCAGUAAUUACAAGAACUACCGCCAUUACAAUACCUGGAACCAGUACAUUGAACCGCUACAAAGCUACACUUCCGGUUGUGCAGAAGGACAAACCAACACGUUUGCCGUAUUCUCCAUUUGGCGCAAAACAAUCGAACAAUGCCGAAUGGACUGUGGCCCGGUUGGAUGACUUGCUUAACUGGGGCCGCAAAGGAUCAAUGUGGCCCCUGAUGUUUGGACUCGCGUGCUGUGCAAUGGAAAAGAUGCAAGCUGCCGCACCGCGCUACGAUAUAGAUCGAUUUGGCGUGCUGUUCCGUACAUCACCACGCCAAACCGAUUUCAUCAUCGUGUCCGGUACGUUGACCAACAAAAUGGCCCCAGCAUUACGGAAAACGUACGACCAAAUGCCGGAACCACGCUGGGUUAUUUCCAUGGGCAGUUGCGCUAAUGGUGGCGGGUACUAUCACUACUCGUAUUCGGUGGUUCGUGGUUGCGAUCGGAUCAUACCUGUUGAUAUCUACGUGCCAGGAUGUCCACCCACGGCCGAGGCUUUGAUUUACGGCAUUCUGCAACUUCAAAAGAAAGUGAAACGCAUGAAAACGAUACAGCUGUGGUAUCGUAAAUAGAUUAGGCCUCAUAUUGAUGCUCUUCUUCGAUUGUAUGCAUUUUUUAUGUAAAUCAUUACAUGCUUUAAUUAAUUUUAAGUUCAUUAAUAUUAACAUUUCGGUGUGGG